GUCCAAUAUCUCCAGAGAUAAUCGCGGACUUUGGACUUAUGUUCUUAUAUAAUCUGAUAUCAAAUUACUUUGUUGUCUAGAGAACUAACAAGUUUACUGAUAUUCUUUAUGCCCUUCUUUCUUAUUAGCGACUAUAGCUAGGCGACCAUCAACAACAAAGCAGUAUGACAUAUCUUUACGGCAAACCCAUUCUCAGCUUACUAUUUUUGGUGCAGGUAGGACUACUUGUUGUUGCCACAAAUCCAUCAGCAGUUAACGCUGCGCACUUGACGAAUGUCAAUGGAAACGUCGGUCGUGAAACUUGUCCAGAAGAUUAUUCUCCAUGUAGUUGCUCUGUGGCCUCGGAAGGCCUUACAAUCGUUUGCUCUGAGGUGUCCGUUCAAGACGUGAUUGACGUUUUUAACCGAACGACGGCUCGAGAUUUGGACACAUUCGGAUUAACUUGGACGAGGUCUCCCCUGGAGUCUGUCACGAUUCCGGCCGACCUUCUCGGAGGAUCCCGUGCAAAGCUCAUCGGUGUCUACUGUCCCAGUAAAAUUGUGCCUCGAGUCCCGCUUCGCAUGGAUGACAACGCGUUCCGCUCGUCUCGUGACUACACCGACACUUUUCUCACAUUCUACUGCGACUGGAGCCAACAGUUGGACUUGCAGUUCUUGGCCGGAUUCAACAAUCUUGCGAUAUUGGAGAUUGGACUCGCCACUGAACUUCAAGCCAUUGGGAGUCUGCCCACUUUGCCCGCACUCACGACGUUACACGUCAUGGACAGUACGGGUUUAGUAGAAUUUCCCGAUCUGACUCCGUCUAUUUUGAAAGCUCUCUUUUUGAACGGCAAUCAAAUGGACGACACGAUGGGCGCAAAGCUACUGGACUCGAUCAUCGCAACUCCGACCAUUCGACUCUCCACACUGAGACUGAACAGCAAUCGAUUGACAAGAAUACCCACCCAACAAAUUACCUCAUUCCCAGAAUUGCAAAAUCUUUAUCUGGACGAAAACGUCAUUCCCGUCCUCGAGACUGGCUCACUCACUUUUCUAUUUCCGGUUAGCAUUUUGUCGCUUUCAUCCGCUUCAAUCAACACCGUCGAACCGAACGCUUUUCAAGGGGAUUUCACCAUGGCCACAGUCAAUUUAUCUAACAACAAUUUGACUCGGUUUGAAUCUGCUGUUUUCCUCCAAAUACUGGAACAAAUGAACUUACCGUUCGCUGACGGUUACGUCGAUCUUGAAUCCAAUCUAAUGAAUUGCGAUUGUGGUCUGGCUUGGUUGAUCCGUGACAAUCGACUGUUACUGCCCUCCGUCCGUAACGGACUGUGUUCCAACGGAAUAGCUUUCGAGAAUCUCGAUCCAGCCUCGUUCGUCGAUUGCCCUGAAAUAUUUUAACUCGGUAAUGUCCUCCUUCCACCAGUAGCGUCAUUUGCGUUGCUCAUUUAGAUUUAGUUAAAAUUCGCUUCCUUUUUUUCAAUA